AUGUCUGACAACGAGAAUGGCGAUGAUAUGGUCACGAAGCCCUUCAAGUUCGUAACUGGCUUCGACGCCCGCUUUCCCAACCAGAACCAGACCAAGCACUGCUGGCAGAACUACGUCGACUACCACAAGUGCAUCAUUGCCAAGGGCGAGGACUUUGCUCCCUGUCGCCAGUUCAUGCUGGCUUACAAGUCGCUCUGCCCCAGCGGCUGGACCUCACGAUGGGACGACCAGCGUGAGGCCGGCAACUUCCCCGUUAACCUCAACCAGUAA